AAGGAUUUUGUCCUGACAGGUGAAAGUUGCUAAACAAGGCAUCAAAAUAAAUGUCAUGUAAUUCAGGCAAUCAUGUCUAAAUUCCAGUGUUUAAAAUUGCUAUUAUAACAUGUUCUAUAUAAGACAUCUUUAAGAAUAUGUUUGUGCUCGCCGCUCGACGUUAAAUUUUCCUCUAAACAACGUUGAAUUACAACUGAGGAUGAUGGUUUCAGCCACUGUGCUUCCGGAUGCUGACCGCGAGAAGGCCUUGCAGGAAUACCGCAAGAAAUUGAUGGAGCACAAGGAAGUCGAAUCCCGGCUCAAAGAAAUGCGCGAGCAGUUGAAAGACCUCACAAAACAGUACGACAAGUCCGAGAACGAUUUGAAGGCUCUGCAGUCAGUUGGUCAAAUUGUGGGUGAAGUUUUGAAACAACUCACUGAGGAAAAAUUUAUUGUAAAGGCAACAAAUGGGCCGCGUUAUGUCGUUGGUUGCCGCCGGCAAUUGGAUAAAACUAAGUUGAAGGCUGGCACCAGAGUUGCAUUAGACAUGACAACUCUAACAAUUAUGCGCUAUCUGCCGCGUGAAGUUGACCCGUUGGUAUACAAUAUGAGUCAUGAAGAUCCCGGAGAUGUAACUUACUCAGCUAUCGGUGGUUUGUCCGAACAAAUCCGCGAAUUGCGUGAAGUUAUUGAGUUACCACUGCUCAAUCCUGAACUUUUUAUGCGCGUCGGUAUCACUCCGCCAAAAGGUUGCCUGCUGUAUGGUCCGCCUGGAACAGGUAAAACUCUGUUGGCUCGCGCUGUGGCCUCACAAUUGGACGCAAACUUCCUCAAAGUCGUCUCCAGUGCGAUUGUCGAUAAAUACAUCGGUGAAUCCGCACGUCUUAUUCGUGAGAUGUUCAACUACGCUAAAGAUCACCAACCCUGCAUCAUCUUCAUGGAUGAAAUCGACGCUAUUGGUGGUAGGAGAUUCUCUGAAGGUACUUCUGCUGAUCGUGAAAUCCAGCGAACUCUUAUGGAGCUGCUGAAUCAAAUGGACGGUUUUGAUUCGCUUGGACAGGUAAAAAUGAUCAUGGCGACGAAUCGCCCCGAUACUCUUGACCCUGCUUUGUUGCGUCCUGGUCGUCUCGAUAGAAAAAUCGAGAUCCCACUGCCUAACGAGCAGGCUAGGCUGGAAAUUUUGAAAAUUCACGCUGGGCCCAUUGCCAAACACGGCGAAACAGACUACGAAGCCAUAGUCAAGUUGUCCGAUACUUUCAACGGCGCAGAUUUAAGAAACGUUUGCACUGAAGCUGGAUUGUUUGCAAUCCGCUCCGAUCGCGAGUUCGUCAUUCAAGAAGACUUCAUGAAAGCAGUACGGAAGGUGUCCGACAACAAGAAGUUAGAGAGCAAACUAGACUACAAACCUGUGUAAAUAAUCAACGCAGCGCGUCCGAAAUGAGAGACGGUUACUAAACACUUAUGGUAAUGUAUUUUUUCUCAAUAAUCAAUAUCCGAUAUAAUAAAUUUAUAAUAAAAACAAGCAAAAAGAACAUAA